CAAUGCUUCAAUUAUUUCAUACUCGCAUUACCAUGAUUACUGGCACUACUACUAGUAUACUGGACCGUAGUUUCUUUCUAGGAGGAGUUUAGCCAGCAAGGUUUCUGCCAUCCCGACCUAGUACCUACCACCGAUUGAGUUAGAGGUCACAGGAGGUGUUCACUAUCAACAGCCCUGGUCUACUGUCCAAGGGACACCACCUUCUGCGAUAAAUUGUCUUGUGAUAAAAUUCGUGGAAAAAGUCGUUCUGGGUGUGAAGGCGAGGAGCACGUACGACAACAAUAUGCAGUGCAGCAAAGAGCGGCUUCAGUGCCACACCGUCGUGUUCUGUCAGGAGUUCUCGCCGUGCGGGUCAGUCCUGGUGACUGGUGACAAUUUCGGACGCAUUGGAGUGUUUGCACUUGCGGAGCUUCUUGCAGGGUCGUCGUCUGCCUCAGCACCUGGGGAGAAUUGUAGCACCGUGACUUUCAGCGUGUGCCAUGGAUCCAUCUACGCGCUGCACACUAUUGACAACUAUCUCGUCUGUGGCACGACCAGCGGUAUCAAAGCGUUCCUCUGGUCCUCUCUGGUUUCAGCUGCCGAGUCGCCCGCCAUUGGCAAGCCCAACGUCAUGUGGACACUGGAUCCUCCUUCAGAUAUCGGUGGUGGCCGGAUCGUCAAUGCCUUGUGCACACUGGGCACGCACCUUGUUUCCGCCUCAUCAUCUGGAUGCAUACAUGUGUGGGAUGUGGAGAGGGAACGUCUUACCAGGAAGUUUGACGGCCAUAGCAAGCAGGCACUGUGUGUGGUUUCACGACCGCGCACAUCAGAGCAGUGUUUCUCCGGCUCUGAUGAUGGCACUGUCAAACUCUGGGAUUCACGCAGCAGUGCCUGCUGUCACAGCAUCACUCCCACCGUGCCAAACCCGUCGCUAGCAUCCUCCUCGUCACAGAGUCGCAAUAAUAAUUGGGUAUCAGCUGUGGCAGUGGACCCCAAUGAUCGAUGGCUGGCAUGCGGUGGCUCACAACCACUCACUCUGCACCACAUUGGCAUGCUGACCUCAGAUGCUGCCAGCGACAGUGCACCAGUCUCACAGCUCACAUCACCAACUAACAGACACUCCACACCAGCAUCUAUCAUUAGCACCGCCACCACAAGCAGCAGCAGCAACAGUGUAUGCCCGCAAGCAGUGACGUACGGAACGCCAGCAUCCAACGGUAUUACUAACACCUGCAGGUUCACCGACUCCUCGCUUCUAUCCGCGGGUAGCACUUCACGCCUCUACCAUUGGGACCUGGCCGGCUCAUGCCAGCGAGAGGUGCCGUGUUCGUCCAAGAUCCUCUACUCUGUAGCUGUGCACGGUGAAGAGAGGGAGCGGAUUACAUCUGUGGCUGGCAGUUCCGCAUACUUGGAUGUGUUUACUAGCUACAUAUACGGAACCGUGAAACUUCUCCUCAGCUGAGCUACAGCAUAUCCUUUUCUCUGUGCUGGCAACAGCAGUUGGCUGCCUUAGCUUUGGCUGCUAGCCGCCCACUGCCUGGGUCAUUUCCGCCUGAUGUUAGGCAGCAACUCUGAAACACAGGUCACAGCAUGGCCGAAUCCAGCCGCGGUGCUCGUGUGUGCGAUGGACAUUGUGUGAACCUUGGCCCUGUCAGUGUCACUGGUUGUUGGCAUGGCGGUGGCUGAUUUGUAGGAUGGAGUGUGCUCCGUGAUGUCCUGCUGUGCUCUGCCUCAUGAGAUGAAAUGGAAUCGUGUGCUGUCGCCUUCCCCCAUACGGUCCGAUUGUCUGGACUGAUGUAUCAAGUCAGAGUGAGAGAGAGGGAAAGGGUUUAUGUAGCCAUCGCACGUCGCGCAGCACCAAUGCUGAACCUUCCGUCUGGUGAUCUUUCGCAGGAUGAAUAGCACCAUGCGAAACCUGCUCUGCUGCUGCUCUGCUGCUGCUCUUCUCUCUCUCUCUCUCUCUCUCUCUCUCUCUCUCUCUCUCUCUCUCUCUCUCUCUCUCUCUCUCUCUCUCUCUCUCUCUCUCUCUCUCUCUCUCUCUCUCUCUCUCUCUCUCUCUCUCUCUCUCUCUCUCUCUCCUGGCACGUAUCCGCCUAGCCUCCUCCAGUUGAUACGAAGGCUCCACGGCUCCUGACUUUUCCACUAAUUUAUUUGUGAUGGCACCUUGUGACACACUGGUCUAGUCCUCGCUCUUUUGCGUCGGUGCCAUUUUAGCACGCGGAGUGGUGCACUUCUCGCUAAUCUGCGGUUAUAUUGUUUGAUUCUUCUGCGUUCAUCCUUCAUCUGGCAUUCUCUUUUCAUGCCUGGACAUUCUUCUUCUUAGUGGAUGCUUAUUCUUACUAGGUGUACAUGUAUGCUAUCAGAUGUUUUAUUUUAUUUUAUUCUUCUGCCUACGACCAGUAGUGCAGUGCGAACAAAUCUGAUCAGUGCUUAGUGUAUACUUGAUCGCCUUUUGAGUCCUUUUUUUGUCCUUUUUUCUUUUUUGUUCGUUUGUUUGUUUUGGUAGCAAUCAUCAUAGUGGUGGUACAUGGUGAUCUUGUCUUUGAAAUUUUGUUUUUAUUCGAGUGUCUCUUGUUUCGAAAGGAUUGGGAGAUCUUUUGUUUUGUUGUGCACGGAUGCAUUUCUUAAUGCAUUUCUUAGUGGGUUGCAAGUGUCGGCCCGAGGGUGAACCUGCGUGACGUUAUUUGUUUC